GUAGGUUGGGGCUGCUUACCUUCCUUUUGUCAGAUUCCCUGCCUGUCCUUUGGUAUCACAAACCCUGACACAAUCGUAGAAUAAAUCCACCCAUAUAACACACUACCCACAACACAACCCCCAAAAUAAAAACACAAAACACACUGGCUCACCCAUCACAUAUCAACAUUAUUAUUCAACCCCUUUGCCAAAUCUCGCUUCACUCUUCAGCAACCCUCCUCCUUUGUUGAUGCUCAUGUGACUCUUUUUGUGUCCCAAUUGGAGACCAUAAUGGCCGCCAAAUCCCCCCAUGACUCUUCAUUCUCCUUCUCAAGAAGGUACUUCCAUUGGAAGAAGAAAGCCUUGGAUGAAUCUGAUAAUGAGGAAGAAAUCCUCAACUUCUCAUCUUCAUCCUCAUAUUUCCCUGAAGAAGUUAAUGACAACCAAGAUGAUCACAAUCAUAAUCACAAUCACCACCUCACACUCCAAAUGCCAUCACAGUAUAAUGCCAAGAAAAAAACCCACUUCUCCAAGAAGUCCAAGUUUAAGUCCGUUCUAACCAUCUUCACCGUCACGCGCGUGCCGAGACUGAGACUGAACAACAUCAGCAACAGUUUCAAUCUCGACAUGCGCGUGAUGGGGACACUCUUCGGCCACCGCCGAGACCAUGUGUACUUCGCCUUUCAGGAGGAUCCAAAACUGGGUCCUACGUUCCUCGUCAAGCUCGCCACCCGGACGAGUACACUAGUCCGGGAAAUGGCCUCGGGGCUGGUGAGAAUCGCGCUGGAAUGCGAGAAAAAGAAAAACGCCACGGCCAAAGUGAGGCUGCUUGAGGAGCCACUCUGGAGAACGUACUGCAACGGAAGAAAGUGCGGGUACGCGAACAGGCGCGAGUGUGGGCCCCAUGAGUGGAAGAUACUGAAGGCGGUGGAGCCCAUAUCGAUGGGGGCAGGGGUGUUGCCAGUGGUGUGCGGGAAUGAAGCUGCGGGGUCCGAGGAAGAAGCUUCUGGGGAGGUUAUGUACAUGAGAGCCAAGUAUGAGAGGGUUGUGGGGUCCAGAGACUCUGAGGCGUUUUACAUGAUGAACCCUGAUGCGAGUGGAGGUCCUGAACUUAGCAUUUACUUGAUUAGAGUUUAAUUAACAUUAACAUUGGCAUAUAUGGCAAUGUAUCUGCUAGAGUUAAUUUGUUUCAACUAUGUUUGGGAUUUGGGAUUGUUGUGUAAAUAAAAGAUAAGGGGGAGUACAUGAUUUCCCAGCUUGCUUUAGUAGUUUAUUAUACUACUAUUGUUAUGUUUCAAAUUUUGGUAUUAAAAUAUACGUAUUUUUUUUGUUA